AUGCCUUUCCAAGACUGCACCGGCAAACCUGUCAGCCUGAGCUACAGAUGUCCAUGCCGAUUUUUCGAAAGUCAUGUUGCCAGAGCCAAUGUCAAGCACCUUAAAAUCCUCAACACUCCCAACUGCGCCCUUCAGAUUGUGGCAAGGCUGAAGAACAACAACAGACAAGUGUGCAUUGACCCAAAAUUAAAGUGGAUUCAGGAAUACCUGGAGAAAGCUUUAAACAAGGGGCGCAGAGAAGAAAAAGUGGGGAAAAAAGAAAAGAUAGGAAAAAAGAAGCGACAGAAGAAGAGAAAGGCUGCCCAGAAAAGGAAAAACUAG